UUGCCGAGUCGUGCAGCAUCGAUCUACUGAAUUAACUAAGUGCCUCGGCAUUUUAAAACCACUAUUUGAUACAUUCUUCAAAAUGCGCGUACAGCAGGCCUCGAGUCCUCAGUGUAUCCAUGCACUACUCACCAGUGCCUCUUCUGGCCUGGAGGGCUUCAAAGCACAUGCAGUCUUCCAGGAGAUUGACAAGAAGCUGCAGGAGGAUGGAGAGCAGUUUGUGAAGAAGAUUGGAGGAGUUUUUGCGUUCAAAGUGAAAGACGGGCCAGAAGGGAAAGAGGCCACCUGGAUCGUGGAUGUGAAGAACGGCAAGGGCAGUGUUCAUAAUGACACAGCCAAGAAAGCUGACUGUACCAUUGCCAUGACAGAUGCUGACCUGCUGGCUUUGAUGACAGGGAAAAUGAAUCCUCAGACAGCUUUCUUCCAGGGUAAGCUGAAGAUCACAGGAAACAUGGGCCUGGCCAUGAAGCUCCAGAACCUGCAGUUGCAGCCCGGCAAAGCCAAGCUGUGAGACUGAGGGAGGGGAAGGACCUCUGCCAGCCCCAUCACAGUGUCCGGGAUGGAAUGUCAUGAGGAGACCGAGACUGGAAUGUUCCAUUCGUGUUGGAGCAGGGUGACCACCAGAGCUGUAGAUACUGUAGCUGUAGAUUUUUUCUUUUUUUUUUUCUGGCUCUUUUGUUUUUUAACAAGACCACAC